GUCGAUAAGUCGAAAGUCGAGUCGACUUUGAGAUCCCUACCAUAAUCCUCACCAUAAUGCCCAUAACAGCAUCCAAUCAUAAUUUUUUAAUCUGAAGACAUUUACAUGCGUUUAAGGCACACGUUAUCAGUCGCCACGUUUAAAUCAAUUUACAGCUAUUGUCCAGUUUGUCUAGUUGUGUAGCUUAUCGGUAAAAGAUUAUACAUAUAAAUUAAAAGUCGAAAUUACAUGUAAAAAUGUCGUUGGCUGCCCGCAUUUUAAGAUUUACCGCAUCAAGCGGUCAUAAAUUGCAUUUAUUACGCAAUCAUCCUCCUAUACUCCUUCGCAACAACUUACCAUGGAGAUUUUCAGCUGCUAUAAAUGCACGUCAUCUAAGUGCAGAAACAUCAUCCGGAUCUCAAAAAAUUCGUCAAACGGAGAAAAUUAUAGGUACCCCAGAUAAGCAUGAAUUCCAGGCUGAAACAAGAAUGUUGUUGGACAUUGUGGCCCGUUCGUUGUACUCCGAAAGCGAGGUGUUUGUACGUGAGCUAAUUUCCAAUGCUAGUGAUGCUUUGGAAAAAUUUCGCUACACCAUACACACAGCCGGUGAAAACGAAAAGGAAUAUGAAGGUUCCGACCGGCCUUUGGAAAUUCGCAUAGCAACCGACAAACCAAAUAUGCAAUUAAUAAUACAGGAUACCGGCAUUGGCAUGACCCGCGAUGAGCUUAUUAACAAUUUGGGUACAAUUGCCCGUAGUGGGUCUAAGAAAUUCAUUGAACAAAUACGCGAGCAAAGUUCGGCUACUGAAAAUUCUUCCAACAUCAUUGGUCAAUUUGGUGUUGGUUUCUAUUCGGCAUUUAUGGUUGCAGACAAAGUGGAAGUUUAUACACGCUCAUCUAAGGUGAAUUCUCCUGGUUUAUGCUGGUCCACUGAUGGCUCUGGUAGUUACGAAAUUCAGGAGGCAGAAGGUGUGGAACUAGGCACUAAAAUUGUUAUUCAUCUUAAGCCGGAUUGCCGUGAAUAUGCUGACGAGGAUCGCAUAAUGGCAGUAAUAAAAAAAUACAGCAAUUUUGUUGGUUCCCCCAUAUACUUGAAUGGUCAAAAGGCGAAUGACAUCCAACCUGUGUGGCUGAUGGAACCCAAAGAUGUCAGCAAGGAGCAGCAUGAUGAGUUCUAUCGUUUUAUAGGCAAUACAUUCGAUACACCUAGAUUUGUAUUGCACUACAAGACGGACGUGCCACUUAGCAUUCGAGCUUUACUAUACUUUCCGGAAGGCAAACCGGGUCUGUUUGAAAUGACACGGGAUGGCGAUGUGGGGGUAGCUUUAUAUACACGAAAAGUUCUAAUACAGUCGAAAACGGCAAAUUUAGUUCCCAAGUGGUUGCGUUUCGUAAAAGGAGUGGUCGAUUCUGAGGAUAUACCACUUAAUCUGAGCAGAGAACUUUUGCAAAAUAGUGCACUCAUUAGAAAGCUGUGCACAGUGUUGACCAGCAGAAUUUUACGCUUCUUAAUUGACAAGUCUAAAAAGGAACCUGCAGAGUAUGAAGCAUUCUACAAGGAUUAUGGGCUCUUUCUUAAAGAGGGCAUCGUGACAUCACACGACCAAAAUGAAAAAGAGGAUAUUGCCAAGCUGCUACGUUUUGAAUCAUCGAAGAACAAAGAGGGAAACCGUAUAUCUCUGGAGGAUUACGCAAAAAAUGUGGGGGAACAAAAAGACAUCUAUUAUUUGGCCGCUCCCAAUCGUGUUCUGGCCGAAUCGUCUCCCUACUAUGAAAGUUUGAAAAAACGUGACGUUGAGGUACUAUUUUGCUAUGAACCAUACGAUGAACUGGUGUUAAUGCAGUUGGGAAUGUUCAAAAGUAAAAACCUGGUUUCGGUUGAGAAGGAAAUGCGGCGUGAUAGCAGCUCAGAUGCAACGGUAGAUUAUGGCGAAGGCAGCCUGUUAAGAUCACAAAUAGACGAACUGUUGCCAUGGAUGAAGGAGAAACUAAAUGGAAAAGUGGCAAAUGUAAAGGUCACUACCAGACUAGACAGUCAUCCCUGUGUGGUGACAGUUGAGGAAAUGGCGGCAGCUCGUCACUUUAUAAAAACACAAAGCCAUCAACUACCUGAAGAAAAUCGUUAUGCCCUUUUGCAGCCACAACUAGAAAUAAAUCCCAAGCAUGGGAUUAUUAAGAAGUUGUUUGCACUUAAAUCAAGCGAUCAGGAAUUGGCUGAUCUAUUAGUUCAACAGCUGUUUAUCAAUGCAAUGGUCGGUGCAGGACUCGCUGAAGAUCCACGCACAUUGCUGACAACCAUGAAUGCCCUAUUAACGAAAGCUUUAGAGAAGUGUUAAGAUGCCAUUAAAGUUAAACUAAUAAAAUUAUUUUUAAGAAAAAAAAACAAAAAAUUAUUUUAUGUAGUUUUUAUAUAUUACAUUACUUUUUUUCUGUGAUUAAUUCGAUUACGUAUAACAUUGAACAAUGGAAA